GUCGCCCAGCAGCAGGCGCAAAAAGAAGAAAUCGAAAGGCGUAAUAAAGAAAUGAAAAAUGAUUUUCUCAGCCAAAUUCUUGAUCAACAAGCCAGGGCGCGUCUCAAUACGCUUGCUAUGACCAAACCAGAUAAGGCGAAGGCUGUUGAAAAUAUGCUGGUGAAUAUGGCGCGAACACGUGGCAUGAGUGGUCAGGUAUUUUAUGCCUCAUUGCUUAUUGCCCUUACCUUCCGUAUUUCAAAAUAUGGUUUCUUUUUUGCUCUUCUGAUUACGGACGAACAGCUAAGGAACAUGCUGAACGAUAUCGCAUCCCAUACCAAGAAACCACCUGAAGUCAAGUUCGAUCGACGAAGAGCCGCCAUCGACUCGGACGACGAUUUCUAG